GCAAACGCAAGGUAACCGUUUAUAAUGAUCUAUAUUUUAGUUUUUUCUAAGCUUUCCAAUGAUGCAUGUUAUAUUUGCAAAAAAAUAAUUUCAAAAAUUUCAACAUUAAUUUUUGUCACAAUCACACGUGGUCAACUAAGAUGGCGGAGCUUUGUAACCUCUGUAUUUUUUAUGUUAUAUUUCGUUAAUAUUUCGUUGUAUUUAUGUUAUUUGAAGUUUAUUUUGUCUCAAUUAUGUCAGUUAUCACAGCAGAAGUUUUAAAUACUAUUUUUGAUCAAAAAUUAGAGCCAUUAAAUAAGAAAAUUGAUGAGGCAAUCAGUUCAAUGUCGUUCAUAAAUGAAAAAUAUGAACAAAUAUUAGUCAAGUUGUCGAAGUUUGAAGAAGAAAAGAAGUCUCUUGUUAAUGAAAAUAAAGCUCUGAAUAAUGAACUUCAAAGAGCUACAAACAAAUUGCAAGAAAUAAUGAAAUCGCAAGACGAUAUGGAGCAAUAUAUCAGACGUGAAUGUCUCGAAAUCCGUGGGAUACCAUGCUUGAAUGAUCAGGAAAAUACUAAUAGUAUUAUAAAGGACAUUGCAAAGGCGAUCGAUGUUGAUAUUACGGAUAUAGAUAUAUCCACAAGUCAUCGGCUGAAAUCCAACGUUUCUUAUAAAGGGAAAAGCAAGAAUUCACCACCAAUUAUUGUGAAAUUUAUACGGCGUGAGACGAAAGAGAAAUUAUAUAAAGCUCGUAAGAAGCUUAAUAGAUUAACCACAAAAGAUCUUGGAUAUGUAAUCGAGCAGAAAAUUUUUAUUAUGGAAAGUCUGACCAAAAGAAAUAAAGUUUUGUUCAAUAUGGCUUACAAUUUGAAGAAGGAAUACCAAUAUAAAUUCAUUUGGACGUACAAUGGGAAUAUAUAUUUACGAAGAAAUGAACUUAGUCCUGUCAUCAACAUUAAAAAUCAGCGUGACAUUCAGCAUUUGAGGGAGUGAUAUUUACCAGUGAAUUGUUGUGCUAUUAUCUAUUAGAUAAGUGUUUAUUUAAUUGAAUAUUGAGGUAAUGUCUACUAGCAUGGAAAGUAGAAUCGAGCAAUAUAGCUUGUUGCCUGGUUUUGUAUUUAGCUCUGUAGCUACAAAUGCUUCUCAUUUGACAAACUCAGAUAUUGAUUGCCACAUGUUGCAUGAUGUCAAUUUUAAUUAUUAUGGCGUUGAUGAGUUCCGCAAUAAUAAUGAUAUAGCCGAAUGUUUUUCGAAUAAAAAUUCUUUUUCUGCUUUAAAUUGCAAUAUAAGGAGUUUGUCUGCAAAUCAUGAUAAAUUAUCACAUAUGUUAUCUCUAUUGAAUUUCCCAUUUUCCAUAAUUGGCCUGUCUGAAACAAAAUUGAGAUUUAAUGAGUGUUCUUUGCUAAAUCUGGAUUUAAAUGGCUAUCGUUUUGUGUCUCAGCCUAGUCAUUCAAACGCUGGUGGUGUGGGAUUUUAUAUUAAGCAGACUAUCAAUAGUAUUGUUCGUGAGGAAUUAACUGUUUCAGUCUCGGAAUUUGAAGCUUUGUGGGUUGAGAUACCAAUUGAUGGCCAGCAUAAUAUUUUAUGUGGAAUUAUUUACCGACAUCCUACUGCCAAUGUUAAUAUAUUUUUGGAUUAUUUGAAUUCAACUCUUGAUCGGAUCCACAGGGAGAAUAAGUACUGUAUGAUUAUGGAUGAUUUUAAUUUAAAUAUUUUAAAUUUUGAUUCUCACUCUGGAACUGAUGAAUUUAUUAAUAUGCUAACCACCUUAUUUUUUCAACCGUACAUUUUGCAACCAACACGAAUAACUGAUCAUACUGCAACUUUAAUUGACAAUACAUUUUUUAACUCACUUGAUCAUUUUACCAUUAGUGGUAAUUUAAUUUACGAUCUUUCUGACCAUCUGCCUAAUUUUUUAAUUAUUCAUAAAUUUUCAAAUUUGCCAACAAAUGUUAAGAUGUAUAAGAGAGACUAUUCUCGACUUGAUGACACAGCUUUGAUUGCUGAAGUUCAGUCAGUUAAUUGGACUGCUUUACUAUCAUAUAAUAACCAAAAUCCUUCAGAUUUAUUUGAUUUAUUUUAUGAGCAAAUCACUCAAAUUGUAGAUUCACAUAUACCAAUUAAACAAUUGUCUAAAAGACAGAUAAAUGUUCAGUCUAAGCCUUGGAUAACAAGGGGAAUUAAGAAUUCCAUCAAGGUAAAAAAUAAACUCCAUAAAAAAUAUCUAAAAACCAAAUCAAUGUAUUAUUAUAAUAGGUUUAAAUUUUAUCGAAAUAAAAUAAAUCAUCUUUUGCGUAUUGCAAAACGUCAAUAUUAUAAUAGCUAUUUUGAUACAAAUUUGCAUAAUAGUAAAUUAAUAUGGAAAGGAAUCAAAGAAAUUAUUCAACUGAAGCCAAAAGCCCAUUUAGUUCCAACUAAAAUUAAAGAUGAUAAUUGUGAAAUAGUUGAUUUAAAAGAAAUAGCUAAUUCAUUUUCAAAGUAUUUUGCAAAUAUCGGUAGUAACCUCUCAAGUUCCAUACCAAAUGUAAAUAAAUCACCAAUAGAUUAUUUAGAUGAAACAGAUCAUGAUAGUUUUUAUAUUUUUCCGGUAACAACUAUAGAGAUUGAAAAUGAAAUAACAAGUUUAAAAAAUGGAAAGGCUCUGGACCAUUUAGCAUACCAAUUAAGGCAAUGAAAAUUUUAAAACAUGUUAUAUGCAAACCAUUAGAAAUAAUAUUUAAUGCUUCUAUAUCUGAAGGAAUAGUUCCUGAUAAAUUUAAAAUAGCUCGUGUUAUCCCAGUUUUUAAAAAAGGGUCGCAUAGUUUGCUGAAUAAUUAUCGACCUAUUUCACUUUUAUCAAUAUUUAAUAAGUUACUAGAGAAACUCAUGUAUAAAAGACUUCUUCAUUUUCUCCACCGUAAAAAUAUUCUAUACGAAAAGCAAUUUGGCUUUCGUACCAAAUAUUCCACAAGUCAUUCAAUUUUAUGUAUAGUUGAUAAAAUUCAACAAGCUAUUGAGCAGAAAAAUCACUCGUGUGGGAUAUUUCUAGAUUUAAGUAAAGCUUUUGACACAAUCAAUCAUAAUAUUUUGAUUAAAAAGUUGGAGAAUGGAAUUCGAGGGCUAGCUCAGCAAUGGUUUGUUUCUUAUCUAAGUGGAAGAAAGCAUUUUGUUUCUUUUCUGAGUAGCAAUGGUGAAAAUGUAUCAUCAGAUCUAUCUACAAUAAAUUGCGGUGUUCCGCAAGGAUCUGUACUUGGUCCACUAUUGUUUCUCUUGUAUAUUAAUGAUUUUCAUAAAUGUUCAAAAUUAUUGGAUUUUCAUUUAUUUGCAGAUGAGUCAAAUUUAUUCUAUAAACACAAAAAUCUCUUGUCACUUGAGUCUGAUGUUAACAGGGAACUAAGUAAUAUUCAUGUUUGGCUUUGUGUAAAUAAGUUGUCUCUCAACAUAGAAAAAUCUAAUUUCGUUUUAUUUCAUCCAGUUCAAAAGAAAAUAACAUGUGCCAUCAAAUUGAAGAUUAAUGGUAUUGAAUUAAAAAGAGUGCAGAGUAUGAGGUAUCUUGGAGUUUAUAUUGAUUCUCAUUUGAAUUGGAAAUCCCAUAUUGAUUAUAUCGCAAAAAAACUGAAAAGAAGUAUCGGUCUACUCUCUAAAAUUCGUUAUUUUACCAACCUGAAUACCUUGAUAAAGUUAUAUUAUGCUCUAAUUCACCCUUUUCUCAUUUAUGGUAUAAUAUCUUGGGGUAUGACAUAUCCUACAUCUUUGCGACCUUUAUUUAUUUUACAGAAAAAGGCUUUGCGUAUAAUUAACUUUUCUAAAUUUGAUGCUCAUUCCACACCAAUAUUUAAAUCUCUAAAAAUAAUUAAAUUACAUGAUCUUUUCACUCUACAUGCCACGAUGUUUAUGCAUGAUUAUUAUCACGAGGAAUUACCACCUAUAUCUUUAAUAAUCUUUUCACUCCAGUCAAAGAAUUACAUACUUAUAAUACGAGGUUAGCAUCAAGGCAGUCGUAUUCUUUGCCAAAAACAAGAACUAAUUAUGGAAUUUUUAAUAUUAGAUACCAGGGUGUUAAGAUAUGGAAUUCCCUUGAUGAGGCCGAUAAAAAAUUGUCAGUUUUUAAUCUAAAAAGUAAACUUAAGGAAAUGUUUUUUUAUUCAUAUUAGCCUAUUGCUCUGUUCAUUUAUGUAUCGAAUUGUUGAAUUGCUUUCAUUAUUUUUAAUUAUUGAUUUUGCUAAAACAUUCUAAAUUUUAAUAAUAAUUUCAUAAUUAUAUGGUGUUUGGCUUCUCUCUGUGGUUCUGCUAAAUUGAGUAAAAUAUUUAUGUAAAUUGACUACUUUAUAUAUUAAGCUUCGUUAUAUCUGUUUGUUAAGCGUUGUGUGUAAAACGUCUGCCUGAUUCAUCUAGCCCCUUAAUGGUUAUUUCGGGCAGACGGAACCCAUGUCAUGUCAAAAAAUUAAUGUAAUGUAAAACUAAUGUAAUAAGUGGGUUCAAAUAAAAUGUCUUGUCUUGUCUUGUCUUGUCUUGUCUUGUUUAUGCUGAAGAGUAAAGGCGUUUAAAUUAGUAAUGUUGUGAUUGCGCAAAACAUAGCUAACCGGGAAUUGGUCGGAAAAGUCUCCUUGAUUAUAGGCUAAUAUAAAAAGAUGUAGCUACCAUAUAAACUACCACAUGAUAUUUGAAAGAAAGUAUGUGAAUAAGAGGUUUACAACCAAAUAUAUCUAACAUGUAAAUUAAGGUAUCGGCUUACUUAUAAAACGAACUUUAAUUAUCAUAGGAUAUGUGAGUGUCUUUUUAUUGAUGCAUGUACUGUAUGUAGCACUACAUGAAUGAUAUUAAGUGAGUGAGCGUGAUAUGAUGACUUUACAUUCACAGGAUUGUGUGCAUUUCAUGGAAGUACACAUUUAUGGAGUACAUUUUAAGGAGCAUCAAAUUUUUCAGUAUACCAAUAUAUCGUCAUUAUUCUGCUUUCUAUGCUCUGCAAUAUUACCUUAAUUGCUGUGUGCAUGCUGUGUUUAUAUGCUGUUCAAACUGUUUACAGUUGGUUCAUCUUGACCUUUUACUUUAACACAUAUAGGCCUAUCACUAUUAAAUCCGUUGUGUCUCAUCUUUCCCUAAUAUUCCAUAGGUAAUUAAUAUAUGAAUUAUGGAAAAUAUUAGUGACAAUAAUUUAACUCAGCAGUGAGCAUUUUAGAUCUCAGUGCCGUAUUUCACAGGCUAGAGGAAAUUACCGAUACGCUACAAUGAACACCUGAUUUUUUUAUACUGAGCUACACCUGAUUUUUUUAUACUGAGCCAUAUACACUAUAAUUGAGACAACAUAGCACUCGAGGCUGGUUCUAUGAGGUUCUCUCAAGGCAGGUUCUGUUGUGUCUUUAUACAACAAGCCUCUCUAUUGAGCGUUUAGUCGCUGGGAAUAUUAAAAUAGAGGCUUGUUUAUUCUGUGACACUUGCCUACACAGAAAAAUUGAGUCGCCGAUUCAUGCAGAAGUAGGUUAGUAGCGUUAAAAUUAAUUUUUACUGCCGCUACCCACUACAGAUUACAGGUAUUGAUAUUUUAAAUCAAUUCGAAUGUCGUAUUUGGAAUUAGAAAGACAUAACAACUGCCGAUGACAGCAGUUGCUGAGCUCCAGACAGCAUUUAUUGAUGUAGUCCCACAUCAUUGCAUGCUCAAAAUCACAAUGUGUGAUCGCUAAAUUCCCACUAUAUAGUUAUCAGCUUGCAACUUCAUGUUGAAUUUGCUGUUAUCUGGCCUUAUUGUCUGGUUAUUUUCAUGCAUAAUUUUGUGCGAGCCUGAAGCGAGCAAGCGUAGCAGCAGCCUAAUGUGUGUGCAGAUUUGAAUGCGUGCAGGGAGUUUUGAACUAAAUUUUAUUCAGCGCAUGGAAUUGUGGUCGUGCGCUCUUGCUAUGCAGAACACAAAUUUUAAACUCGCUCAAUUCGAUGUGCUUUUCGAUUUUGAUAGGCGGACUAUAUGCUUGUUUCGUAAGGCUACUAUACGUUUAAUUUUAAGUUUCAUAACUAUUAUAUAUUGCGUAUGUAGUCAUGUUUACAGUAGAGACCCUACUUAAUUCACAGGCUUAAGUCUCAUGCAGAUCAGCUGUGUCAUGUUAUGCAAAAACACCGCCGCAAACCAAAGCGAUCUAUUUUGUUUUUGCCUACACACAUUCUUGUUGAUAAAUGUGUGUUUGUUAAUUCUGGAUCAGCUAGUGUUUAGCCUACUUGUCUAUUAUUGUUUAGCCUACUUGUAUAUUAUUGUUCACUGCUUUAUACCAUUCUGUGCAGAUCUGUUGAAACAGUUGCAGAAUAUCGUUUAAACGGUUUUUUAAUUUUGUUCGAAUGGUUUGUUAAAGCCGUUCGUUUAGUCCGUUAAAUUUUUUGCCUUUACCCAUUCGUAUUUUUCACUCAAAAUGUCUAAAACGUUUUUAUGAUCCGUUGAAACUCUUUGACAAAAUGUUUACUAUCUGUUUGUUAUCUUUUUUUUGCCUGUUUUAAUGCAAAAUCGUUAACGUAACUUUUCCGAUGGAAGGUCAGAUUUUUACUCAGCAAUAUUUGGCGAUUUGUAAGUUGAUAUGUUUUGAGUUUUUUGUACUUAUACAACGGGUAAAUAUAUUCAAAGUGUUACUAACAGUAAAUAAGUCAAUGAAAAGCAUCAUAUGCUCUUGCUCAAACUGUUUUAAAUUGCCAACAACAAACAUGAAACACACAACUAAAAACGAAUAUAAAACUAUGCAGAAAAGCCAAAAAGUUCACACAAUGAUACACAUACACAUAUCUUAUACCAAACAACACAAUCACCUGUUUUCUUGGCGUUAUUCCGAGUUAGCAUGCAAAACUAAAGGUAUUUGCAUUACUAAGCAAGAAAACACAACACAUAUUUGAUAUUUUUGACAAGACUAAAAACUUUUUUGUCCUUGUUUUUCUGGAGAUAUGCGCCUGCGAAAAUAUGUAUGCACAUGACAAUUCAUUGAUCUUGCUGGGCUUUGAACGAUUGUGUGAUUGUCGUUGUGUGCAUUCACAUUCUGCACACGCUCUGUGGGGAGAUUGAAAGAACUUUGGAAUGCCAAAUUAAAGACCAUAAGCACUGCAUAGCAAAUAUAAAGACACUAGUAACAGUAUUGCAGUUCAUCAUAUGGCAACAAGACACAAAAUGGAUUGGGAAAGAGCCACCUGCUUGGACUACACAUCACAUUAUGGUCAAAAGAAUGUUUUUGGAAAGCUGGCAUACGAAGAGCGAGAAGGAGAGCAUUAAUGUUUGCCGCGAAAUGCCAGGCAAUUGUGCAGCUGACGCAAGAUAAACAUCAACAGAUAAAAUGAAAAAUAAGGUUUUCGUAUAGGAAACCGAAACAUCAGACAAAAACUAUUUAAUUUUGUAAUAAACUAGAAGAACAAUACAACAAACAAAAAAUGAAUGAACCUGGAUUCAAACGUUUUAAAGAAUGAAAACCUGCUUAAAAUAGCAAAAAAGACCAUAUUUAUCAUGGUAACAAUAUGUUCUAGAAUAUUGCAAACUUUUCUACCAAAUAUUACGGGAACCACCGUAAAACCACCACUAAAGCAAGAACGACAUUGUUCAGCGUCACUGACGGCAUUGAUCUACAAAAUGGAUUACUCUGCUGAGAUAAGAAAAUGGAUUACUCUGCUGAGAUAAGCGAAUGUGUCUUCUCCACAGAGCAAGGUGACGAAGCGAAAAAGACGGCAGAAUCGGAAGCUACACAAACACCAAAUAGCAACCUGGAGGCAAUUAAUAAGCAGUCGUUGCAAAUGAAAACAGCAGGAAAACUGUUAGAACAGUCUAUCGAAAUCAAUACUGCAACUAAAGAAACUAAUUGCAAGGAAACCAUGACUGAAUUCAAUCUUGUACCUAACAAGGUUGACGAAAUUGAAAUACUCCAUCGCAGAAUUAAUAACAUCGAAGAUAGUUUAAGGCGAGAAAUUUCAAAUAUUGUUGUUGAAAUAAACGCCAUACCCCAGACAUGAAUACUCGAGGGACUACACUUCAUUGCUUACUAAACAAAAGGAGGAUCUCACUAACUAUAAUACAUGUCUCAAACAAGAAAACGAUGAGCUUAGAGAUCGACUGAAUACCAUGUCACUGGCCUUGUCUGAUCUAAAUCAAAAAGUUAAAGAUACUGAAAACGAGAAGCUUAGUUUAGUAACGGCCCUAAAAAUUUUAUAUGAAGAACAAAAACGUACCCCGCAAGACAAAGACCAAAUUCACACUCAUGCAAAUCUCGGCAAACAGACCAAUAAUAAUGGCGAGCAAACAUACUCAACGGUGGGUAAAAAUAAAAGGUCUAAAAUGAUUCCAUUUAGUCCAAAGAUAACGAAAGAAGUUAUUAACUGAGACUCUACCACACCGGAACAAUCUUACAAUGUUGACACACGCAAUCGCUACGAAGUACUCGGUAAUGGAGAAGACCAAUAUAAUACUGCAGAACAACAAAGUGAAACAACUCAAACAUCCAGGGAGAUGCGACCCAAGACUAGCCGAGAAGUUUCUACUAAUGAAGACCAAACCAAAGCGUCAUCGGAGACUAGUCCCCAUACUUAUAAUUCGGGCAACAAACCCUGGUGUAUAAUCAACGUAGCCGUUGCCGGUGACUCAAUGUUAAAGUACAUAAAUCCCUCCAAACUUAGUAAAAGCUUGAAACAAGAUGUCCAUGUGAAAACCUUCCCUGGAGCAAAGGUUGCAGAUAUGGAGCACUACGUAAAGCCAACACUAGCACACGCUCCUGAGUACCUAGUUCUGCACGUUGGUACAAAAUCUCCUCGCCAAAUAGCAACAUCGAUAACUAAGCUAAAUAAUAAUAGACGGUAUAUUUAAAAUACAAUCGCACUAAUACAAGUAAUAGUGAAUUAUAGUAUUUUUACAAGCAUAAAAUUAUGAAGACUACUGUUACUUUUUAAAACUAGGAAUUGGAGUUAUAUAAAAAUGGAAAUUUAGAUUGUAAACCUAAUUGACAACGGUCAUGACUUGUUCAUAGUACGUGAGCACAUAGCUGGGAAGAAACUGUUCUUAAAUCUGUCCGUCCUACACUUAAAUAGGCUAAGAUUACUAGAGUGGCGCAGUUCUCUGCCAUGCGACUCAAUCCGGGUCGGAGGUAAAAUGCGGUUAAGGCGUGAUGAUGGUAUUGUUAUUUUAUCCAAAACCUUCUUACAAAGAGUAUCACGACGAUCGGAUAGACGGGGAAGAGAGGAGGUAGCAAGCGCGGUUGAAUAGGACAUGUUUGGAUAUAAAAUCCGUAGAGCACGACGUUGAACCCUCUCGAUUUUGUCGGAAAGGUAGGAGGGGAUAGAUGUAUUCCAGGCUGCACAGCAGUAUUCUAGCACAGAUCUGAUAAUCGAAAUGUAGAUAGUCAGGAGGUCGUUGGCAGACACACCGGAGUUACGCAAAACUCGCAAAAUAUGAAGUCUCUUUGAAGCUUUGGACGUGAUAGAGUCAACAUGGGCGUUCCAUUUUAGAUCGUUUUGUAAGGUGACUCCUAGCAGUUUAAAACAGGUGACCUUCUCUAAAGGUUGGGAGUUGAUCGACAAUGUAGAAGACAGUUCUUGCGGGGGGUUGCAAAGAAAAGAGAUGGUAAAGUCCUUGCACUUUUUAGGGUGUAAUUUCAUGUUAUUACUCAUCGACCAGGCAUUAAUAGAGUGGAGAUCUUGUUGUAUUCCAGGAGGGGAGUUACGAUGGAUGGCUUGGGAGAUGGUAACGUCAUCAACAAACAUCCAAUUACUAGACCUCAACGGAGAAUGGCUGGCAAGGUCGUUGAUCAUUACGAGGAAUAGGAUAGGGCCAAGCUUGGUACCCUGCGGGACACCGGCAGUAACAGGAGCCCAGUUAGAGGUAAAUUGAUUAACUUUUACAGACUGCAUCCGACCAGACAAAAAGCUACAGAUCCACGGGAUCAAGGCUCUUCGUACGCCGAGGUUGAUAAGUUUCGAAAUGACGAUGUUGUGGUCGAUCCGAUCGAAUGCUUUACAAAAGUCAAGGAAGCAAACGCGGAUGUAUUUUCCAGGGUUGUCGAGGUGAUUUAGCCAGUUAUGAAGGAUAUCGAGAAGGCAAUAAGUAGUGGAAGUGCCUUUUAAACAGCCAAAUUGCUGGGGGUCGAUUUUAUGACCUAAGUCCGAAAUGAUCCAAUUUACCACAAAGUCCUCCAAUACUUUGGAGAGACAGGGAGUCAAGGAUAUAGGUCUAAGGUCACCUUCAUCAGAAACAGGCUGAACUUUUGUUAUAGGUAUUAUCUCAGACUUUUUCCAAGCAGUUGGGGUGACUGCUUCGGAAAGAGAAACGUUAAAAACCCGUGCAACUGGUUUCGAGAGCUCGAAAGAAAAUUCCUUUAGAAUACGUGCGGGGAUGUGAUCAGGGCCACUUGCUUUGUAGGGGUAAGCUCGGACAUGAAAUGAAUGCGAAUAUGCCAAAUACGAAAUUAAUCUUAUCUGAAGUAAUAGUUAGAAAUGAUGACCCUCAGCUCAUGAUAAAAGUCAAAGAAGUCAAUUCAAAAUUAUCACAGGUAUGUCUAAGCAAUAGAUGGGAUUUGCUAACUCAUGGAAACAUUUUAGUCAAACACUUAAACCCAUAUGGUGUCCACCUGAACAAACCAGGAACUGCAAUCUUAGCUAAGAAUCUUAGUGACUUUCUAAAACUUAAAUAUUGACUGCCUGAGUAUAUGAGUUCCACAGUAGAUUGCACGAAUAAGGACAAUAUUGAACUAUCUUCAGAAAAGUCUCGAUGCAAUUCCACCACUCAAAAUAAUCUUUUUUUAAAUCCUGAAAAUCGAAAUGUCAGAGAAACGUGUCAUGACCUAUUAUCACAAACUAGUGAGAAUACGUUUUCAAAACUAAAAGGCUUUAGGGUGGGCCACUUGAAUAUUGUAAGCUUAACCAAACAUAUUGAGGAGCUUAGGAUCUUACUACACAAACAACCUUUUGAUAUUAUAACCUUAAAUGAAACCAGACUAGACGACACUAUUAAUAGCGAAGAGGUUGAGGUCGCAGGCUAUGAAUUAAUAAGAUCGGAUAGAAAUCGAAAUGGUGGGGGUGUAGCUAUAUACUUAAGAGAUAAUAUACCAUAUGUAGAGCGAUCGGAAUUACUCACUGACCAUGUUGAAGCAGUUUGUAUAGAAAUUAGGAAACAAAAGACUAAACCAUUCCUUGUUUCAACUUGGCACCGGCCACCAAAUUCUGAUACUAUACUAUUUGACAGAUUUGAAAGCUUUUUACAAAAAGCAGAUGAUACGGGACAAGAUCUGAUCAUAACCGGUGAUUUCAACUGUAAUAUAUCAGCUACUUAUGACAGCCCUCAUACCUCAAAAAUUAAGGACUUAAUUGAUAUAUACCAACUACAACAACACAUUAAAGAUCCGACUGGAGUAACUACAACCAGUAAAACCUUAAUCGAUUUAAUACUCACGAAAAUUGAGGAUACAAAAACCAUUGACGCAGGAGUCAUCCAUAUUGGGAUUAGCGAUCAUAGCCUUGUCUAUAUUUGCCGAAAAGUGAGCAUCCCAAAGGGAAAGCCCAAAAUAAUAGAGACAAGGCAAUUUAAACAUUUCAAUGAAGUCCGAUUUCAAGAUGAUUUAAAGCAAGCACUAAACACACACUUCCAUUAUGUAUAUACAGACCCAAAUUUAGCUUGGCAAAUUUGGAAAGAAGUAUUUUUAAAUAUUUCCGAAAAACACGCGCCAACUAGACGUAAAAAGGUCAAAAGUGAGUAUAAACCUUGGCUAACAAACGAAAUUAAAGAAUUGUGCUACCGUAGGGAUUACCUAAAAAAGAAAGCAAUUAAUCUGAAUUCCCCUUAUUAUCACGAAGCAUACAAGAGAUGCAAAAACAAAGUUACUAGACUGAUAGAGGAAACUAAAACUAAUUACUACAAUACUAAAUUUGCAAACUCUAAAAAUAGUGCUGACAGCUGGAAAACAAUUAACGAAUUAUUAAACAAAAAGUCCAAAACAACGACUCUCAAUGCGAUAUCUGUGAAUAAUGAGGUUGUUACAGGAGAUAAAAACGUUGCUAAUGAAUUCAACAAAUAUUUUGCUACUAUUGGACCAAACUUAGCUGAAAACAUCUCUACAACUGACGUUGACCCGUUGAAAUACGUGACAGUAGGGACAGCUGAUUUUAACUUCAAAAGUAUUACAAAAGCAAAUGUGAAAAGCAUAUUAAAGAAAUCGAAAGCUACCAAAUCAACAGGCACUGAUAAUAUUUCAAUUAAGCUUCUAAAAUUAGCAGGUGACUCUAUCACAGAACCAUUAACAUUCAUUUUUAAUUUGUCUUUAUUUACUGGUAUUUUCCCUGAUGACAUGAAAUUUGCAAAAGUUACGCCAAUCUUUAAAACCGGAAGUAAACUAGAUUGCGGAAAUUACAGACCAAUCUCAGUUCUUUCGGCAGUUCCCAAGAUAUUCGAAAAGAUUGUUUAUGAACAACUCACGAAAUUCUUAGACGACAAUAACAUUAUUUCUAAACACCAGUCUGGCUUUCGGCCACUGCAUUUAACCGAAAUGACACUGCUUCAGUCAACUGACGAAUGGCUUUUUAAUAUGGAUAAGGGCUUAAUUAAUGGAGUUUUGUUUCUGGAUUUAAAAAAGGCCUUCGACACAGUCGACCAUAAAAUUCUUCUUUUAAAACUUAAACGCUAUGGAGUAGGUGGGAUUGCAUUCCAAUGGUUUCAAUCCUAUCUUCAACAGCGACAACAAAUCUGUAAAAUUGCAGGCUCUUCAUCUAAUACCCAAACGCUACAUUGUGGUGUCCCUCAAGGAUCAAAUCUUGGACCAUUACUGUUCUUAAUUUAUAUCAAUGACCUACCCAAUUGCCUUGAAACAACGCAUGCCUCGAUGUUUGCGGAUGACACAAACUUGGCAUGUGAAGGUGUUUCAUCAGAACAAAUUGAGCAAAAACUAUUGAAAUGGAAAGAUCAUAUCGAUGCACAAUGUAAGAAAAUUUCUAAAAAUAUAGCCCUCCUAAGGAGGGCGAAAAACUUUACAACAGAACAAACACUUUUGACAAUGUAUAACGCGCUAAUUUUACCCCAUUUAACUUAUUGUUCCAAUGUAUGGCAUGAUGGAAAUAAUACAAAUAUGAACAAGCUUUGUUAAACUGCAAAAAAGAGCAGCUCGUGUGAUAACAGGUUCUAAUUAUGAGAUACAUUCCUCUGACAUUUUUAAGAAACUUAAUUGGGAACCACUAGAAACCACUCUGAAAAAACGCGAACUUGUGAUGUCUUUUAAAGCGAUUAGAAGUUUCGCACCAGAGUAUUUAUCUAACCUUUUCACCGCUACUUCUAACAAUGAUUAUAGCCUUCGAAGUAAUAACAGAAAUCUCUGUUUAAAAAAACCUAAGACGAAUUUUAUGAAAAAUAGUUUCUCUUAUCGUGGAUCAUCAUCAUGGAAUAAACUACCUAUGCAAAUAAGGGAUAACUACAAUCAACUCUCUAUUGACUCAUUCAAAAGUACUAUUAAUGGAUAUUUCAAGUCAUAGAUUGUUGAGUGUUUGCAUGAUUUAUGUCACUAUUAUAGAUAUAUGAUUUAAAACAAUUAUUGCAUGCUAUUUUGUUAUUACGAUAUUAAUUAGUUUUUAGUCUGUAGAUAGUAUACUUUUGUAAAUAGAUGCACGGCCCUAUGAAAACCAGGAAACUGAUAGGUUACCGUGUUUAAAUAAAUUUAAAUAAUAAUAAUAAUAAUAAAAUAAUAAAUAAUAGUAUUUUAAUAAAAUAUAAAACAACAGUAACUCCGAAAAUAAACAUUUUAAUAUAAUUCUAGCUUUCGACUAAGAUUCAGUCAUCAGGAAUGAUGCUAGGUUACAUUAUACUAAAAACAGGGGUGGAAAAAAAAAUUUUCUUUCUGGGAACCUGGGUCAAAGGCUAGAAAUUUUCUGUAAAAUUUGUAAUGUUACAAUUACAAAAAUAACAAAACAAAUGCAUAAUUAUUGUAUUAUUUGUACUUUAGUAAUAAUGGGCUUUAGGCUGGUUUUCGUAUGCUUGUACAUCACAAUAGUUGUCUAUUAUAUACCACAGUUAUGAGUUAUGACCAACUAGUAAGGAUCUUGAUUUUUUCUGUGUUGGUCUUAUGUAAUAAGGUGAAUAUGAUGUUUGUGAUAUUAUUUUGAGUGUAUAUCCACACCACGCAAACUUGAAAAAUAUGCCUGGCCAUGGUGGGAAUCAAACUUAUAUGACCUUUGGAAUACUAGAUUACAUUGAUGUCGAAGGAACUAAACUCAGUUCCGAAAUAUCACAUAUUCGAACCGAGCUGCUCGCGUAGCUCAGCUGGCAGAGCAUUGGGCUAGUAUUCCAAAGGUCGUAGGUUCGAUUCCCACCGUGGCCAGGCAUAUUUUUCAAGCUUGCCCGGUGUGGAUACAUACUCAGAAUAACAUCACAAGCAUCAUAGGUUGGAUCUAACGCUUAACUAAGUGUCCUAUCAUCUUAUUUAUUCCAUCACUUUUAUUUGUUUACUAUUUAAUUUGCAUUUUAUUGGAGACUUUGCAGAGCAUAUAUUUACCAUUUUACCAGUCAUUGUGAUGACAGGGGUGGGUAAAAGAAUUAAUUUCUGUCAAAUAUUUAAAAGCUGCUGAUGUUAGCGUGUACAGUGUAAAUAAAGUAGAAUAGUUGUAACUUGUAAGUUGAGUAAACAGGGUUAUCUCAAAAUGUUGAAAUAUUUUCUGGAAAAUUUUCUGCAAAACUCUCAACUCAAAAAAAUUUCUGGGAACUAGGUUCCCAGGUUAAGAUUCCUUUUUCCACCCCUUAUAACAUAAAUAUAGCACGUGGAAGUGCCAUAGUGCAUAAAAUGUGCAUUGCCACACUGCUGUCGUAAUAAAUGUUCGAUAAUCGAUACAUCUUUAUUUAUUCCUAAAAUGACGUCUUUUAUUACAGCAUGUCGGGGAUUGCUUGACCCAAAACGAAAAAGUCACGUUGUAGAUUGUAAUGUUUUGUGGUUUUAUUUAUACGAAAAACCCCAAAAUCUCUCACUAUACUCGCUCUCGUUGCCUCUCAAAAUCGCCUUGUUUACAUGUUCACUGUAAGGUGUUUUCCCGGAAUCUUACCGGAAGUGAUUCGCACAUGAACUGUUGAUGAUCUUUAAAAUUAGUUAUUAAGCAAAUAUAAACUAUUAACUAAAGCUUAUAAACUAUGUCCGAUCUCAACACAUCUAGUGAUAGUGUGAUAGAGUUCAGAUGAAGGUACUGAAUGUAUUAAGACAUCUGGUCGCUGUUGUUUACCGCUUAUUAUUUAUAAAAUUAUAAAAGUUAUCGAAUAAAUACAACACAAUUUACAUAUUUCAUACUAAGCCAACAAGAUGGGAUAGCCUUCAACCACUUAUACCUUUGGCUUUCCAUCUUGAACAAACGUUUGUUACGACAUUCGACACUGCUGUCGAAAUGCACUUCCACGUGCCAUAUUUAUGUUAUAACUUAUAAUUAUUAGUGGUUUUAGCGGGAAAAUUGCUCAUUUCCCACAAAAAUUAACGAAUAAUUAAAGAAAUAUUUUAAAAACACAGACACUGAACAUACAUCAAUUUAAAUUGUUUAAGAAGGAUAACUUAUAGGCUAUGUAACGUUUACAGCAUGCAAAAGUAGCCUGCAUGAACUUCUGGCACGUUGACGUUGACAAAAUAGAAUAAUAGAUAUGUCUGGAAUUCAGGUUGCUUAAUUUCAAAGUGCAGCAAUCAAAGGAUAACAAAAUGUAGAAAAUGACUAUUUUUGUAACUUUUAAUAGCAAAGAGGAGCUCCGGAAAUAUAUAUUAAUAAUUACUUGCAAUUUGUUAGUUGAACGGCCGACAUACUGAUACAUUUAAAUUAUAGUUUAGGUCCGUUAUAUUAGUGCUGAAAGUAAAGAUCAGUAUUUGACGUCUAAAAGUCGUCUAGAAUUUAUAUGGUCGUGAUGCGUUUUUAUCGCUUUAAGUUACUGUACGUUCAUUUCAAGUGAAACGUAGAUAAAUUUAAUUUUUGGUGAAUUUUUAAAUAAUCAAUAUGCGAUUUGGCGAUUGUUAUGUAAUGUCAUUUUUGAUAUUUGUAGUACAAAUGUCGAGGGCUCUAAAAUUUGAUUUUUUCAGUAGCCCAAAAAUUUUAUUACAGUUUCUCAAAAGGAAACGUUGUUGUUUAACUCAUUAAGCGGCAAUGCGCCCGAAUGCGCCCUGAGAUUGGCAAGGGGGUAAGUGGCAAUGUGCCCGAAUACGCCCUAACAUGACACCUUCACUUGCGGGCAUGAUAUUUGAGCACGUGUUUAUCGGGUUGCCUAGCAACGGAUACGAAAAUAGAACGUGAAAUUCGAGCUUCUCAACGGUGUAUCAUGCAAGAAAAUCUGCCAAAAACUCGCAAAGUUUUUCAAGUUUAAAACCUUAGUUUUUCAAAAAUAAUGAACUAUGGCGAUACUGUUGCAAAGAAGAAUUUUACAGCAAGUUUUAAAAGCGAAGAAAGAAGAGGUUUUUGGAUGAUAUACAACGAAAAUUUGGCAUGAAAGGAAAGCGAAUGUAUUGACGUUUUGGGCCAAGUUCUUCUGUGAACCUUGCGCGAGAUUUUCAGCCAAAAAGAUGAGGAUUUCUCCAAACUUUAUUGAAAAUAGAAGUCGGAAAUCACAAGAAAGAUGAAUACGGAACUCAAGUGAGCAGAUGCGAUAUUUUUAAGGGUAUUUUUGAGUAGAAAUAUGCGAUCAAACACUCACAAAAUUCGACCGCAUUAAAGUUGGUUGAAUCUAGUUUAAAGUUAUCUUUUUAGACAAACUGUUUAUGCAAAUUUGAGCACAAUUUCAACUGUUUUCGUAACCCCAUUGUUGGUCUUCUUGUUCAAGUUGCUAUUUUAGCUAAAGUAUGUUUCAAACGACACCAGAUUAAAUUACUGUGUGCGUACGUGCCCUUUUUGGCAAGAAUACUUCGAGUAUUAAAUUACACUAAGUAAGUAGGAUACUCCAAAAUCACUGUUAUAUCUAUUUUCAUCAAUUUAGUCUUAAAACAACAACUCGUUUCAGACAUAUUGUGGUUUAAAAUGAGUGUAUUGAAUUAGUGCGCUUGCUUGCCGUGUGCGAAUUUUCAAAAAGUCUGCACUUGAGUUCUAAAGCUUUUAAAACGCUUUUUCUAUUGGGUUUUAUAUCCCCAUAAAACUUUAAAUCGAUAAAGCAGAUAAUAAUGUUGAUGCAACCUCAUUUUAUAGUAACUACACGUUGAAUCAGAAGGAAAAGUUAUCAAAAAUAGGUCACGACGGUUGCUUGCAAAAUGCCACUUCUCUCUGAAAUGGCUUCCUAUGAAAUCGCUUCACUAGAAUAUUUUUAAUAAUGUCUAUGGGAAACUUUGUUAUUUUCUGAACUAAAAGUAUAUGGUUUUGAGGUGUUUAUUUUAUAAGAUAGCACGCGCGACAAAAUGGCACUAAUGUGGUUUCUCAUGUCUGACAAACAACCAAAGAUGAAAGUCCUUAUAUCAUCCUUUUAUAGCUAUGUUGAAUACCUGAAUAUUAGGUUAUCUUUUUCAUUUGAGCAUACAGAUAACAUUUCUACACAAUUAGUCCUUAUGAAAGCCUAUUUCAAACUAAAAAAAGCGAUUGUUUUUUAGAGCCAGACUUAAAAAAAAGAUGCGUGUCUGACAUUUUAUAGCAGCCUACAUUGGCGCACAAAAUAAUUUUGGCUAAAAACCGUUUCAUUCCAAACAGAAAUAUGAGAAAAUUGAGCUAAAAGACUUACCCGAUGUAUGUUUAAAAUGUUUUUCUCUUUAUGGUUGUUCUUCAGUGCUUCGAGUAGAGAGGUUAUUAGCUGUCAUUGUCUGUGUUAAAAACACCUCAGAAAAUUCCUAUUUUCUCACCUUCCCAUCCUUGGUUUAUAUUGAAAAUAAAUAAAUUCUAGUACCAUAUGUCCUUUUAAAUAUAUUUGAGGUAAUUAAAAACUCCAAAGAUGAACAAGGACUGUGUUUUGAAUCAGUGAAAGAUUCCGGCAAUUCUAAAACCGAGAAUAUUUUGAUGGUUGGAAGUCAAAUGUUGCACCAAUUUCGUCUUUCAUCUUAUUUUAACAUAUCGGUGAAACAAAAGUUCCUACCCUUUUCUAACUGUCGAGUAACUUUCUCAAACUUGAAAAAGGUCACCCUUUUGCUCGUAAAAGGGUAGACUUUUUCGAUAUUUCAGAGUAAAUACGAUUCUUUGAUCCUUGGUCCUUAACCCUCUGCCAUGUGGUCUGGUUGUCGUUGCAAAUGUAGCACAGCGAAGUCUCGGUCUUCAACGUCCCCGAUUCACGACACCAAAUGCUACCAAACCUAAGAAGAUCGGAUGGAAGAAAGCUUUCACGCUUAUUGAUGUAGACCGCAUGGGUGACACCACCGAAAAAUACCAGAUUAACCUUCAACUAAGUGAGGAUACUGCAAGCGUGAAUGGCAUCCAAGAUUUACUAAGGGGGCAGCUUGGUUAUAAUGUUUCUUUAUUUGAUUCUAAAUAUCGGCCAGUUAUGCCUGGUGAAUCCACAAAAGGUACUAUUAUUAAAACUAAAUAAAUAUAAAUUUAUGCGGAUGUGCGGUCAUAUAUGCAUGGCUCAAAAAUAUUGCUUGAAAAAUUUCGGUAUGGACAAUCUGGACAUGGUUCGAAUAAACUGUCUAAUAUUCCAUUUGCUACAAUGUGGUGGCUAUAGAAUAUCAUCAGACAAAACCUCAUUUGUGGGUUUUCAAUGAAGCAUAAUUGAAUUGCCAAAAUAUAGUUUGUCCGAUUUUUUGUGUUUAAUUUCGUUACUAGCUAUAUGUAUAAUAUGUUGCAAAAAUAUUAAAUAAUUGAAAUGCAACUGUAACGCCAAAACAAAAUCAUUUAUUAUAUUUAUAUAACAUUAUGUCUGCACACAUAAGCAAAACGACAAGAAAAAUUAAUAUUGACAUUAUUUAUAUAUUAUUAUUGAACAUUAUUCAUUAAUAUAGUAAUUUGAUUGAUAGCUAUUUACAUGUAAACGAGUAGUUCAUAUUACCAUUUGCAUUCAAGCAUUACCCCACGCCGCGAAAACAAGUUGUUUACGAGUUUUGUAGCGAGCGUUUUGAUCGGAAAACUUUACGUUUUACGUGCAAAACAAUUAUGACAGGGGCUGUAACUUUGCUUUGCGUUUUUGCACUUCCGGAUUGAGACAUCACAGCCAGUACAAAGUUAUUUACAUUAUUUUAAAUAUUCUGGAGGAAACACAGUGAAGGUUAGUUUUUAUAGUGAAUACUAUUUAGCCUACUGUUGAUUUGAAGCUCGAUUUUGGCAAAAUCAAUGGGCAAUGGCGGAUUUUCAAGAAAAUCAUUAUUUUCAAAAUAGGCCGUUCAAUUUUACUAAGUUUUCUGUUUUCGUUCCAACUGUGUCUUUAAAGGUUUAUAACUCUAACUUAUAACUAUAUAUUUUGAAAGCUUCAAAUGUGUGUGUUUACAUGCGCAGCAAGGCGAGAUUUUGAAAAUGUAAUAGAUAUUUUUGAAUUUCUGUGGCAUAACAACAGUUUGUAGCGAACAUUUUCUCAGCGAAUUUUCUACUAACCUGAAUAUAAAUCCAACUAAAAUGUAGGCAUUUCACAAGCUUUCAAACCAUCCGCGUUGGGGGUGUAUGUCGUUAAAUUUCGAAUUAAUAUAAACGGUUGAACCUCGUGCCUAAAACCAGACAUUAUAUUGUCCGACUAGAAUGUGUAUUCCGCGGCAAUUUUUACACCCUCGUUUAGGCAACAAAUUCUCGCUCAAUAUUCUAGGUACAAUAUUAUAUAGCUCGUACCAAAAUGUAGCUGAAUUCACCAGCUAUCUGACAAUAUACGUAAAAUUAUUGUUAUAAACCUUUAAAGACACAGUUGGAAUGAAAAGUUAGUAAAAUUGAAAUGGCCUAUUUUGAAAAUGAUGCAGAUUUUCUUGAAAAUCCGCCAUUGUCCAUUGAUUUUGCGUCCUCGUUUCACCGACACCAUAUAUCAAAAUCGAGCUUCAAAUCAACAGUAGGCUAAAUAGUAUUCACUAUAAAAACUAACCUUCACUGUGUUUCCUCCAGAAUAUUUAACUUUGUACUGGCUGUAAUGUCUCAAUCCGGAAGUGCAAAAACGCAAAGCAAAGUUACGCCCCCUGUCAUAAUUGUUUUGCGCGUAAAACGUAAAGUUUUCCGAUCAAAACGCUCGCUACAAAACUUGUAAACAACUUGUUUUCGCGGCGUGGGGUAACGCUUGAAUGCAAAUGGUAAUAAUUGCUCAUAGUCAUAGACAUAGUUCUUUAUACUUCAUAAACAAAAACUGACUUGCAGAAAUAAAGUUUCAAGGACAAGGUAAGUCAAGCUGAUUAUUAUAAUUAUUUAAUAUAGUCACUCAGUCAACUAGCACUCAUUGAAGCUAUAUAGGUUAUAGCUAAAAUUAGUAUAAACAAUUAACGCCUUAUAAAAUGAACAAAAUUAUACGCGAUGCCAUGCAAAGGCUAUUAUAAAAAUAAUAAAUAUAUAUUUUAAAUUCUGGCGUUAAAAAGUCUAGUUGACAGGGCCAGGGACUAAAUAGGAAAAUGGCAGCGCCAGUAGUUACAAUAUAUUAAAUUUAAUACGUCUAAAGGUUCAACUAUAAGCAUUCAUUUUUGAGUCAAAAGACAAAAAUGUACAGCUAUAAAUAAAGCUUGAAACGUUCCCUCUGCCAAGGAAGCCAGUAAAAUUAAUGCAACAAAGAAUUAUAUUCAAUAUUGUGUAUCCUGUUGUCUGCCUUUAAAGCCUUUGCCUUUGGUGGCGAUAUAAACACAACUUUAUUCUUUAAACAUGUGUCAUGUAUGAUUGUAUCUGUCCGGGUCUCUAAGGCUUUUAAAGGCAGCGGUUCGGGAAGACUGCCGAUAAUUAUCGCGUUUGUUGCACAGUUGAUUGUCACGUUUCUAAGAAUGUCUAUUUUUUAAAUUCAAUGUGGAAAAUUAUUUUUUUAAUAAUUAUCAUAAUUAUUCCACUCUAAUGUGUACGAGAAACAUGACUAAAAAGCGAGUAAAACCACAGUAAAUUUUGGAAUUCAACGAAUAUUUUGUAAGCCUUCCAAGAAUGGCAUUUAUAACAACCAAACGCCCUCGCAACGUCAACAGCAUGCCUAGAAACGUCAUCACGUAAUUAACUCAAUAAUUAUGCACAUUAAGGUGGUCCUAUAUGAAAAAAAUAAUUUUCGGUUCUUUUUUAUAAUUCUAAAAUCUUUCUGGACCAUGUUGUUCAAAUGGUUUGUCAAACAUAAAAAAAAAUUUUUACGUUCACUUUGUUUCCAUGGUUACCGAAAUAUUCUACUUCUCAUAGGGAAAAUUGGGCAUUUUUAUAAACAGGAUAACUAAACAUAUAAUUAUGAUAGAAACAGGGGAUAUCGUUUAGUUUGUAGUUUUGAACAAUGACUUGGUGCUGAACUAGAAUCUUUUCUCUAGUACACAAGGUUCGAACGUGAUUGCAGUUUACUGGUUCAAGUAUAAAUUUUACGCACUUUUUCAUUGAUUAAAGUGACAAUUACUAUAUCAAAAAUUUUCAGAAGUUAGUACUUUUAGUUCAUCUCCGAAGUACGGUCCUGUAGUAUAAUAUUCUUUAUGAAAUCCUGCAUGGAAGUUCGGAAAUAGGAUAUUUUGCCAAACUGUAUUAAACUGCAUGAAAGUUGAAAUACGAAGUCAACAUAAUAUGACAAACUUCAGUUAUACGCUGAAAAUAUUUUCGACGUCGAUCUUUUUACUUGGCCGUUUCCAACAUUAGUUAAUGUGUGUCAAGGUCAAGAAGCAUGAAGGUCAUUCAAGGUUAACGCGAGUAAGGGCCGUCAACACGCAAAAUAAACGUCAAGGUCACACAUGCCUUUGCACACAUAUUCCCAAUGUCUUUAGGAACAAUUUACCUAAUUAUUAUUUUUCUCGAAAAUAUAAGUAUUUUUUGUAGUGGACCACCUUGAGGUGGCUCCCUGGGUUUUUGCAUUAUAAUGCAUGACUUUAGCACUCAAAACCUUCCCGUUUCUUCAUCUUGCAUGCUAUAAAGAGGAAAUUCGCAGGAAACAUUGAGAAUGCUUUCCUCAAGAUGCUAUGUUUUUUUCAAAUUAUAAAAAAAAAACGUAUCGAUAACUUUUUUUAAAAAUGAACGAAUAAAACCAUUAGACCAGUAUUUCUUUCUAUGCAAAAUUUAAAAAUAAUUUACCGAAGGAAAUUCAAAAAAUUACAGAAAGAAGACAAAAAGUAGCCUUUACUCUGAAUAAGGUGUUGCCAUGGUAACUAACUAUCAACACAAGUUUAUUGAUUCAGCAUCUUCAGGAAAGCAUUCUCAAUAUUUCCUGCAAAUUUCAUCUUUAUAACUUGCAAGAUAAAGAAACGGGAGGGUUUUGAGUGCUGAAGUGCAUUAUAAUGCAAAAAUCCUAGGGAGCCACCUUAAACAUUGUUUUCUAUUAAUACUCGAAGCGUAAUAAUCGUCAGCAAGAAACGUUUGACCCUAAAAGGAGUUUCUUCGAAGAAAAAGGAAUUUAGGAAAUCUGAGGAAUUUUUGAGAAAUCAGUUUUGAGAAUUCCAACAGAAUGGCUUUGCAUGCCUUGGAUUAUACUACUUUUCGUUGCUCAUAAGCAAUAUAUCUGCAUGCAAAAGUGCAAAACAGACUUAUCAGGAGAAUGUGAUCAAGGUGAUAAAUCUAUAAUGAAUUGAACAUAAUGGGCGGCCAGCAGCCUGAGUUUUUAGGCGGAAAUCAGGCUGCGAGCAAGCAACCGCGUGUUAGUACUGAUGAAUAUUUGUAGAACAGUGUUAUCAGACAGACUCAGUUUAUAUAUUUUUUUUAUUUGAAUACUGCAGGUUCCCAGUUUUGGAGGAGCAACAGAAAAAUUGUCGUGGUGAGCGCUACACAGGCGGGUAACAUAAAAAGAAAAUCCAGCUCAAAGAAAAAAAGACCCCAUGAGAUCAUGGAACACCUUAAACAGCUAAUUGCUGACACACCAGAAGAUGAAGAAGAUAAUAUCGAUGAUCCUGACAGUCCUUUAUUUGCAUCGAUGUUUCCCAUUCCCUGAAACCGUCUUAAUUUACCGCAACCAACUACCUCGAUUAAUGAAGCAGCUGUCAAAUUGGUUAGUAGUAUUUUCAAAUGCUCAAUAUGCCUAAGCGUAGCAACGCUACCAGCUGCUGCAUGUUCUAGCUGCUAUUCUGUGAUUGGAUGUAUUCCUUGCAUCGAACAGUGGUACGAAUGAUAAUCGCGGUGAUAAUCGCGUUAAAUGCCCGCUGUGUCGAACCAACAAAGAAUACCAUAUCAUUCCACUCUUGCGUGAAGUUGCGUUAUUGCUACAGCAUCCAAUACAAGAUUUGCAAGAAAGUCAUGCAAGCCAAUUAAGCCGUAUCCAAACCAGUGUUCAUAGCAAUACGGAGUCUUUGGAUACCAUUCCAUACGGCGAAAGCGAUGGUGUGGUAAGAGACGACUAUUAUUAUCAACAUUUUUUUCAUAGCCAAAUUGUAUAGCCUCAUUUAUAUAUAUGUGGAACCAACAAGGAACUAGUAAAAUUAUGUUCUUUUAAUGAUUAAGUGGAAUAGCUAAUUCUGUAGUUGUGUUAAAAAAUAGCAAUUUGAAGAAGUGAUCCAUCUCCACUAAUGACGUUAUUGUAAACACCAGUGAAUGAUCCAAUCAUCUGAGAAAAGUGCGCUUCUCGCCUGUUUUUAAGGUUUUGAUGAGCUGCUAACGGGUCAAUUCCAAAGGAACAUUCUUGGGUAAUCGUUCCUCCGGCAUCAGUGUACAUCUGCACUGCUUCAUCAACAUUCGGUAUUAAUGUCACGUCAACAGAGCGAACCCUAGAUGUUCUUUCAGCUACUACAUUAGGAAUUUUAUAGUUUCGACCUAGAACAAUAAUUAAACGAUUAGUACUCACACACGGGACACUUGUAUUUCACACCGACAUGAUUAAGCAAUAUUAUUGGAUGAGGUUUUUGUGAUAUACAUUUAAAAAGUAGAAUUCCAAAUUUCCCGAGUUUUACACUCUAAAUAGGAAGUCACCCAUAGUACUAGUGGUGGUGGUGGUCGUGGUGGUAGUAGUACAUUUAUUUAAUCACAAUUAACUAAUUGCAGAAUAGCUGAUGGGGUCAUAAAACUAUCUGUCUACGUCACGAGUGGGGUUACGCAAAUUUUUAAUAUUUACAGCCAGUGGUCAACAGUAGCCCAAACCUUUGUCGCUGGUUGCUAAAUCAAACUUAGAAAUGAUCAAACACAAUUCAAACAAUUUUAGACUUAAAAGUUUCUUUUAUAUAUAAGGCUAAGAAUCACUAUUUCAAAUCAGUCGAAAUUGUUGGAGAUUAUCAAACUAGUUUAAUAUUAACCUACUAAUUAGUAUACAAACCUGAACGUGUCGAUCAAUCAAAACGCAUGCGGUUGCAUUUUUGAGGACAUUGUUGUUGUGAAAAAAGCGAGCAAGGUUUCUGAGCGAGAUUGUGAAAUAAAACGGUUUAAAACUAUAAUUUGUGAGUGUCGUGGAUAUGUAGGAGGCCAUUCACGACAGAAAUAUUUUCAAAAUCAAGCAAGAUACGAAGAGUUGUUAAAAAGUCUUCAUUAAAGGACAUUGGCAACGAAAAUGUUUAUUGCUUGAUUUGAAAGAGCAUGAAAAAUAAGCCAAUUGGCCAUUUACUAUUCUAUCUCAUCUAGUUGCAAAGUUAUACGCAAAAAUAAAAAUUGCUGAUUCAGCACAACUUGUGACGUCAUUGGAUGGGUAAGUAUGUUUAUUGAAUACAUAACUGAAGCAUAGCUCAGUUAUUACGAGCUCAAAUCAAAUGAAAUUUCCCUCAAAGAUAGCACAUUAUGAGACGCAUUGAAAAACACUUCUAAUUUUGUUGUCAAUGUAACACUGUCGUUCCCAAGUCCCUUAUAUGAAUUUUUUAUAACUAGUUACAUUUAUCUAUGUGGGCGUCAUUUUCGAAUUAUUAUCAUUCAAGUAAACUUCUGUCAUGCAUAGUUAUAGUACACACACUUCUGAUAUUAUGUUAUCCUAAUCAGUACCAAGAGUAAAGCUGUUUUAUAAAAUUCGUGCAAGGGGCCUGGGAACGACAGUGUUACCUUGGCAACAAAACUUGAAGUGUUUUUCAAUGUGUCUCAUCAUGUACUAUUUGUAUGCAAAAUUUCAUUUGACUUCAGCUCAUAAUAACUGAGCUAUGCUUCAGUUUAGUAUUCAAUAAACAUACUUACCCAUCCAAUGACGUCACACGUUGUGCUGUAUUUUGAAAAUUUUUGAACAGUAUAAACGGCCAAUCGGCUUAUUUUUUCAUGCUCUUUCAAAUAAAGCAAUAAGUUGCCAAUGUACUUUAAUUAUUCUGAAAGUUCAAAUUUAGUAAAGCAACAAACCUUCUAUGGGAUGAGCAUUCCAAGCUUCAAUAACUCUUUGGAUCCCAAUUUGAACAGUGUUAAUUACAAUGAAGGAAACACAAAAUUGCGACACCGGAUCAUAUCUAUUAAUGAGUUGAUUUUCCAUCCUAACAAGUACCUCUUUUAUUGGGUAAAUCACUCACUGAUUUAUUUCUGGCCACUUCCUCUCAGCUGGAAGGUUCUAUAUAAUAAUAACAAGAAUUUGCAGAUCCGUCUAAUCACUAUAGUCUAAUCAUAAUACCUCACUUAUGGAGUGCUGAACAAUGGCGUCAACUUCAACGUCAUUUAGUUUCUUUAUUUCAUUUCUUGAGCAAAACAGGCGGAUAUUUCUAACGGAAAAACCUCGUCUCACGUCGGGAAAAUUCUGUUGUAACAACUCACUUAUUUGUUGAUAUGUAUAAUUCUUCUGGACACAAUCUUUUAUAACUUCAAUAUUUUCUUCCAAGUAAGCCGCCAUUUUGUUAGAAAUACGUUCCUUACAAUGCACAAUGAUGAAAAAGGGUACCCUUUUUCGUCUGUUUGCGACGAGUUGUUUUGACAGAAAUAGAUACCCAUUUUCGUCUUUUAUGAAAUUACCGAAUUUUGCAAAAAGGUUGCUAUUUUUCGUGUUGCUGCGCCAAACUCUGUUGCUCAAAACUGGUACCCUUUUUCGUUCUUUACAAAAAAAUCGCUAUUUCUAAAAAAGGAUACCCUUUUUCGUGUGUCUGUACAAAAACUAACUUGUACAAAAAGGGUUUGCUUAUUUGUCACAUCAUUUUUUAGUCACAACUUUACCAGACACGAAAAGUUGGUCAAAUCAAAGAAUCGUAUUUACUCUGAAAUAUCGAAAAAGUCUACCCUUUUACGAGCAAAAGGGUGACCUUUUUCAAGUUUGAGAAAGUUACUCGACAGUUAGAAAAGGGUAGGAACUUUUGUUUCACCGAUAUGUUAAAAUAAGAUGAAAGACAAAAUUGGUGCAACAUUUGACUUCCAACUAUCAAAAUAUUCUCGGUUUUAGAAUUGCCAGAAUCUUUCACUGAUUGUUUUGGCUUGCACAUUUUGUUGAAUUUGAACACUUAGUUACUGUUCUAAAUUUCAUGUUGUAAAUAUCUUGCCCAAAAAAAACAAAGGAGUAUUUUUUAUAAUUUUUUAUCGUUUUCUAAUUCAUAUCCCAAAAGAUGAAAAUUGGUUAUAAUAUAGAUAUGUACUAAUUGAGUAAAUGAAUUUUUUUUGGUUUUUAUAUAAAUUUAUGGAGAUAUUGCCCCUUUAGGUGAUGAGUGACAUGAAAAUCAAAGUGUCACUGCUUUACAAAUAAAAAUUCUCAUUGAAAAAACUAAUGAUAUAUAUAGGUAUGCAAAGUCAUUUCAACUAAAUUUGGUCAAUCAUAUCACUAAUGUUUGGUUGAAAAGAUCAGAUUUUUUUAUGCAACUGUUUCUGAGAUAUUGCCAUUUUGGUGAAAGCUCUUGAAUUCGAUCACAAAUUCGCCAUAUUGCUUGCGCCUUAGGCGGGUAGAAACAUUGUAACAGCUUGCCACUUAAUGAGUUAAUCUUGUUAAACCCUUAUUGCCAAGGCAUGUAGCAAUAUGCAUUUUUCGGUGUUGAAAUAAAGUAAUAUUUUGAUAUGUGAAAAAUCACUCAAGUUUAAAACUUCCUAGAAUAUCAGAAUUGCAGUCAGUGUCUGAAUAUAAAAUGGAAAAUUAUCGAGAAAUGUCUGUUAUUUCAUAAUAUUAUUGUAGUUAUUGAAAUACUUACACCUUUGGACGAUUUUUACAGAUGACCGCUCUUAAUACUUUAGCAAUGCCUGUACAGGUCAUGCCGAUAAAGUUGUUAAUAAUAAUAUAAAUAAACUUUAAAAUAUCAUAAAAGUACUAACCUUUCCACCACUUUUCUCGCCAACUUUUCUGACAAAAACUGUUGCCAUUUUUCAUGUCAGUUCGAACUUCGAAACUUCAAAUUUUCAAACUGGGCAGCGCGUCCAUAUUGAGGAAAUUUCCUUUUCAAAGGAAAUUUUUGCUUCAUGAAGGCGUUAAGGAAAUUUCAAAUUAAAGGGAGUUUAGGAAGAAAUAGAAAAUUUGAAGGAUUUUAUGUUUUUAACCACAUUUUCUGCAACGAUUUUCGAAAUUCUACAUAAAAAUGGAAGAAAAUCUCAAUAAAGUUAAUUCAAUAAAGGAAAUUUCUUAUUAAAGUUAGUUUAAUAAAGGAAAUUUCAAUUUUUUUCUAAAUUAGGAAAAAUAAGGAUUUUGUAAUUUUUGAAAGUGGAAGCAUGGAACUGGAGGGAAAUAGGAAACAUGGUAAUAGGUAAUAGGAAACACAGUAAUAGGUAAUAGGAAACACGGUAAUAGAAAAUAGGAAACACGGUAAUAGGAAAUACGGUAAUAGGUAAUAGGAAACACGGUAAUAGGUAAUAGGAAACACGGCAAUAGGAAAUACGGUAAUAGGUAAUAGGAAAUAGAAAACACGGUAAUAAGAAACACAGUAAUAGGAAACACGGUAAUAGGUAAUAGGAAAUAGAAAACACGGUAAUAAGAAACGUGUAGUAUUUGGGCCCACAGUAAUUGGCUUUUCAGGCUGUUGUGGUUACCCAGCCAUCAGUUUAGUGUGUUUGUACUUGUGUUUGUGUUUGCGUUGUGUGGGUGCGUAUGUGUUUAUGUCUAUAUCACACAAUGAUGGAAAAGCAAUUAAAUUAAAUUAAAUUAAAUUAAACACGGUAAUAGGAAAUAGGGAACACGGCAAUAAGAAACACGGUAAUAGGUAAUAGGAAAUAGCCCGCCAGGGAACACAGCAAUAGGAAGCACGGUAAUAGGAAAUAGCCUGCCAGGGAACACAGCAAUAGGAAACACAGUAAAAGGUAAUACGAAAUAGGAAACACGGUAAUAGGAAAUAAGAAACACGGUAAUAAGAAACACGGUAAUAGGUAAUAGGAAAUAGGGAACACAGCAAUAAGAAACAUGGUAAUAGGUAAUAGGAAAUAGCCUAGCUGCCAAGGAACACAGCAAUAGGAAACACAGUAAUAGGUAAUAGGAAACACGGUAAUAGGAAAUAGCAAAAAAAAGCAGUAGCUUUUGCAACCCACUUUUUCAACAUGGAAAUAGGCAAUAGCAAUUACACUUCUGGGCUUCCGUAAGUUGUAACAUACUAAAUCUCAUGAACAUUUGGAUCACUGAACAGUAGGAUCCCGAUUGAAUCUCGUAAGAAAACUAAAGAUUGUGAUUGAAUCUUGAUCUUGUAAGAAAACUUUAAGAUCCUGAUUGAAUCUUGUAAGAAAACUUUAAGAUCCUGAUUGAAUCUUGUACAAAAACUUUAAGAUCCUGACUGAAUAUUGUAAGAACAUUUUAAGAUCCUGAUUGAAUAUUGUAAGAACACAUUAAGAUCCUGAUUGAAUAGUUGUAAGAAAACUUUAAGAUCCUGAUUGAACAAUUGUAAGAAAACCUUAAAAUCCUAAUUGAAUGUUGUAAGAAAACUUUAAGAUCCUGAGUAGGAUCUUGCCAUUUUUCAGAUCCUGAGUAGGAAUCCUAUUCCUAACCAGGAUAUUUUAGGAUCUUAAUUAGGAUCCUAUCUUUAACCGGGAUAUUUUAAGAUCUUAACUGAUUCCUAAAUAAGAUCUUGUUCCUAUUUAAGAUCCUAUAAGAUCUUAGAGGAUCUUAAGUAAGAUUUCGACCAGGGUUGGUUCAGACAAACAUUUGUUUAUGGCUAUACUGCACUCCAAGUAAAAGGUAUUCGAAGUAUGUUGUAAUAGAAGUAGCAUGCAAAUGCUUAUUGUGAGAGAAUGUUAUAUGUGACAAACUGUGAUAACUUGCUCCCAUGUUCUGCCAUUUUUAACCUAUGGUUGCAACUUGUAAAAUAGUAGUAUCUGACAUCUAUGUUGUGCUUAAGGUAAAGUGUUUAGACUUGUACUGUGGGCUGUUGCAGAUAAUGUUCGGGUUUUUUCAAAAAUAGGUUAUUCGCAGCCUAGACCUACGCCUUCUAGUCCUAUUUAUAUAUUUUUAAUAUUCAGCACUUUUUCACAUGAAAAGACUGGGACUAGGUGAUUUGGGGGUGUGGCAGAGGAAGCAAGCCUAGAAGGCCUAGUGGAUUUCCCAACAACAAGGCCAAAACUGCCCUGAAACUGCCCUGGUUGCGAAAUGCCCAAUUAUUGUGUUCUCAAACAGAAUUAUUUGCAACUUAACGGCGAAUUUAAACCGAUACAGGUAAAAUAAACCAUAGUUAAUAGAGGAGAGGGUUUGGAAGCUGGGGGCGUGGCCAAAUUAUGUUAUUGUUCUCUGCCACGUGACAAUACGGGUGCAUCAAAAUAUAUUUGUAAUAGGAGAUUGUAUUACAGAGGAGGCUGUAGUACUUGAAAAACGUCUUUUACAGAAAGAAUAUCCAAAUACCAGGUGCAAAUUGCUCCAUACAUGGUUGCGGGACUAGUAGAAAACACUUUGAUCUCAGUAUUUUUUGAAAUCCAACAAAAGACGACGAUUUAUCGACGAAAAUUCGCGAAGCGUUGGAGAGGCUUGUCACAAAGGACGCUGGAUCGAGAGAUAGAUGCAAGUUUAAGAAAUCAAAUCGCUCAACAAACACUUCACGUUUGUGAAAGAUACUUUGAAAAGACCCAGCCAAAACAUGUAAGUUAUUUUCUUUCUCUGGUAGAGGUAUUGAUAUUUCGGUAUGAACACUUGAAAGUUACAACUUAGCAGAAGUACUGUAUAUAUUUCAUGUAUCAAAUGAUCAAAUUUGUAUUAACCAUAUGGGGAAAAAUAUAUUAAAUAUUAAUGAUUUGCAUAAAAGUGCGUUUCGGUCAUUAGGUCAUAUUUAUAUAACAGUUAAUCCUUGUGUUCAUAAAAUGAAGGUAUGCAUAUUAUUCAGGACACUGUCACUGAGGACAGUAGAAACAUUUUCGUAUACAGUAAACAAAGUAUUAUACAAUAUUCAAAGGCUAUUUUAAUAGCAAGAAACUGGCAUAAUAAAGUAACAGGAUUUUUGUUUGGCCAUGUCAUAGUAUAUAUGAGUAUAUGAAAGCCCCAUUUACAGUUAUUAUUAUUAUCACUCACUUCACUUAAUAAAUCUUGUUUGCUGUGAAUUUUAUUAUAAUUACUAUCUUAACAAUACUUGUAUAAAUUAAGUCAACUUACUGUAUAUAUAAUCAGAUAUUUUAUGUUCUGCUUUAGUUUCCACCUGCAAAAGGCUUGUAGCUGGUGCUAUUCCUACCUUUAAUUUACCCCAGAAAAGCAUACCUCUCUACAUCGACAAUUGGAGCCAGGUAACAUUGCUGGUCGUCACACUGGUCAGAGGAGUAAAUGGUAUGGUGGAUUAGAAAAGGCCUUGCCGUAACAUAAAACAGAAGUAAUCUAGUGAGAACUUUUGUGGGGUUUUUGUACCCAGAGCUGUCAUUAAGGGCCUGUAGCUUGCCUACUUCUGUCUGAACAAAGUUCAUAUAAACAAAACUGUGAAGCAAUAAACAAACCUUUUACUUCCUCUAGUCAGAACAUCAAAAUUAUAAAACAAAAGAUUAAAUGAUUUCAAACAGGUCAGGCUUUGAUAGGAUGUUUUGUAAUCUUAAGAACUCUGUAAAAUACCUUCCAAAAUGCAGGGAAUGUGUAAAAUACCUUCCCAAAUGCAGGGAAUGGCAUUUCCAAUUGUUUAGUUUUCAGGGUUAGGGUUAGGGGCAUGCACCCAGACCCCUCUAGGAGUCUUGUGCCUUCAAUGUUCAAUCAUUUUUCGGCCACCUACUUGUAAACUUAAUGACAGCACUGCUCCAAAAGAGUAAUAUGCAAUAAUUUGUAUAUAUGUUAUAAAAUAAUUAUUAAAACAGAUUAUAAAUGAAUAGGUGAACAAUAAGACUAGAACAUUAAUAUAUUACCUUAGUUGAAUAAUUUGUAAAAAUUUAUACUAAUAUAUACAGUAAAUCACUAUUACACAAAAUUUUGUUUCACUUCAAAUAGACAAGACAUUGGUAGGCUCAACUUUGAGUUAUCAUGGUUUGAGAGACAACAACGGCUAGAAUCAGAGCACACUGACGUAGUGAAUAAGUACACUAUUCACAUCUGAAAUUGGCUGUCAACCAGGGGCAUAGGAACCAGGGGGCCAAGGCCCCCAAGUUUUCAGAAGAUGCAAAAAGUGCCCUUUGAGUGUGGGGCAGUUAAACAAUGAAAUGACCAGCCUGCUUGGCGUGCACUCUUUGGCUGAGAAUCGGGCCUUUCAGAACCAGAAAUCGGGCUGGAGCACGACAAAUGGCAAAAUUUGAAACUUAACAGCCAUACAGUUUACCAAUAUUCUCAAAACACAAGGACAUACUGGCAUUCUUUUGAUACUGCAAUGCUAUUAGAUUGCUCAAUAAUGUCAUUCCACAAACUUUUUGCUAAUGGAGCUUGGACAUUCUUAAUAACUUUAUCAACGUGUAAAGAAGUAGGUUUGCAUUAAUUCUUGUGUGCUUUCUAAAGCACGAUUCAGCAAUUCUAGCAAUAUCAUUAAGUCAUGAAUUUGGUACCCACAGGGCUGACGGCCCCUCCCCAGCAACAUAAGCUGGGUGGUCCAAACUCUUCUGAUUUCACUGAUAAUUACUAGCAGAAUACAAACAUUAAAAAAUAUUUCUGGGUAUAUAAUCCUUUGCACAUAGGUAAAAUCUUCUGGCAUCCAACAGUUGGUCUACAAAGCAUUUGGAGAGGAAUAAGAACUAAGUUUAAUACCCUUAGGUCAAUAUUGUACUAUACAGAGGAAAUAUCAAAAUUUGAUAUUUCCUCUGUAUGAUAUUUCCUUUGAUAUCUCCUUUGUCUGAUAUAUUAUAAGACUUGGUCUUGGAAACUGUGGGAUGGGCAUGAAAUAUCAUGGAAUUUUGGAAUAACAUUCUAUUUUGAUGUGACAGAAUGAUCAAAAGUAACAAAUCACAUGUUAGUAGACAUUGAAUCACUGUAUAUUGGUCAAUAUCUGGACCUGUAAUUGACAAUUGGACAUAAGCCUUAGGGCCUACUAUUUAAGACAUUCAUAUCUAGGUUACAGUAUAUUGUCUAUAUAAUAAUACAGUAUUAAGAUAUUUACUGGUAUUAAAGCAUGCAGUUUCUUCAGUGUUUAUAAUAACUUUAGAAUAUCUGCUGGUAAUAGCAAAGUCAACCGUUCGGCCAUAUUCACCAGCAUCAAAAGCACGACUUUAUCUUCUCUGCAUGGAUGAAAAUAUUCUUUCCUUUUCCCUACCUCUCGAAUGAUCGACAAUGCCUUCUCAUAUGCGUGAUAAGUCAUGUAACAUGGGUUUUGAUUUUCCCUUAAUUGGCAGUCGAGUGCUUAAUACUGCGUCGAUAUUCGCACGGGAAUUGCUUUAAUCCUUCAAUCUAAACGACAAAUAUAAGUCAAAUAUUAAGUCUAAGGCAUCUCACUACAUAUUGUUUAAUUGGACACAGUAUAAAGGACUUACUUCUUCAACUGAACGCGAUAUUUCUUCAGUUAAUUCAUCCGCGUUGAUUUGCAGCAGCUAAAUAGUUUCAUGAAAAUCGCCUCCGUCGUUGUAUCUGCGUCUCCAGCACUCAGAAUUGUGUGAAUUUUGCUUUCUGAAUCGUAUGCCGAACUUGUCGAAGCCAUAACAUGAACAACAAUGCCUCAUUUUAAAAUUUAUAAGCACAAUAUCAUAUUUCUGUAAUACUACGCUAUAGUAAUUUCUGAAUUUGAUGCACCCGAAAUGUCACGUGAUGUACCUUUCCAACAUCUGAAAUUAAUUAGCUCGAAAGCCUUUGAAGUUUGCCGGCCUUCCAAACCCUGUCCUCUAUUAACUAUGUGUCAACAACACAAGUGUUUCAGCUUCCCCUGCAGUUCUACGGCAGAGUUUCAAAAUGCUUUACCGUUACAUUUUACAUUAACUUUUAGCCGAUUGAAAGCCACAUAACAUAAAACUACAUUCCUUUUAAUAACAAAUUAUGAAAAUCAACGAUUCUUUUGGUAAAAAAUUAUCUCCUAUUAUUUUCUCAUAUUAUUUUCAUAAUAUCAUAGCGACUAUUAUUAUUUUGAACAUGGAGUACUUCAUGUUGAAUGGAAUUUCUAUACUUCCUCUAUUAAAAAGGGCGAGGGGUUGCUGCAUGCAUAUAUUGCUAGUUUAGAUACUAAGCAUAACGCUGGCAUUGAUGAUGAUCACUCAAAGCCACCCAGCACCGCAUAUUCCUUCAUCUUAUUUGGCUAAGCCUGUUGACUGUCAUAAUACUGAGUAUAACGCGAAGCCUGAGACUGAAACACUUAAUUUACCAAGACCAUAUGGAUGCACUCAAUCAUUGACAUUUGGCAUCAUGCCAUCAACAUAAGCCACAGAACCGAUAAUGAACACUUUACAGCAAUUAGUUCAAGUGCAAACAAGACAAGCUGAGUUAAGCACAUUAUUAACCAAGCAACACGUAACAAAUCACCUUCCAGUUAAGGAACCACCAACGUUUAGUGGAAAUGCAUUUGACUAUCCUGCAUUCAUUACAGCCUUCGAUUCUAUUAUUUGUGAUAACGUUUUAUCUGACAAGGAUCGUCUUUAUUUUUUAAAUAAAUACACUGUUGGACAGGCUAACAAAGUGGUGAAAGGUUUCUUAGCUGUUAAUCCAGAUUACCUAUAAAGAGGCCCGGAAAUUGCUUGAUGAUCGUUUUGGUAAUCCAGUACACGUGGCUGAAGCCUAUAAGUCUCGGUUACAUAAUUGGUCGACAAUUAGACGGAGAUAGUGCGGAUUGCACACUUUUUCUGAUUUUUUGAUUCGCUGCCAAGAAGCUGUAAGAACCGUAGGGUCAUUAAAUGAACUUGAUUCUACACAAACACUUAUUAAGAUGAGUACCAAGCUCCCCUCGUACUCAGGUACAAAGGGGUGUCGCCAAGCUUAUGAAACUAGGGCAAAGUCAGAAUCUGUUACAUUCAAGCAUUUUAUCAAAUUCAUUAAAGAGGAAUCUGACCUCGCUAAUGAUCCCGUUUUCUCCCCAGACGCACUGAGGAGGGAAAGAAAACUUCACGAUAAGCCAGAAUUCAGAAAUAAGACACGCUACGGGAAUCAAAGUAAGGGUGGUAGUUUUGCAACUAAUACUGAACAAAACGAACAGUAUUCUAAACAUCUCAGAUUAAAUAAUAAUGAUAAUAAUCGAGUGGAAGUAUCAAAGUGCCCAGCAUGUGCAAAUGGUCAUAACUUAGAAAAGUGUCCAGAGUUUAAAAGUAAAACACUUGAUCAAAGACGAGAGUUUGUUCUAAGUCAAGGCCUCUGCUUUGGGUUUUAAAGAAGGGUCAUUUGUCAUCCGGUUGCAAAUCACGAAUGAAGUGUGCGGAAUUUAGUAAGUCACACCCAACGUUAUUACAUAGUAUUAAGCCUACUCGUCGCUUGACCAAACAAGCCACUAAGCAAGGUAUAAAACCACCCGCCCAAGAAUCACCUGAUAAGGAUCCGCCAACCGAUUUAAAUAGUGAAUCCGCAAACACAGUCAGCGUCCGUGGAUCAUCAAACUAUACUGAUGAAGAUGGUGUAAUAACUGCAAUGUUAGUUCCAGUAAUCCUUAGCCAUAAGGAUCGUCCAACUGUCGAAGUUCAUGUUUAUGCUUUGCUUGAUGACGGUAGUGAUUUCACAUUCAUUAAGGAGUCGGUUAUGAAUGAUCUCGGCAUUAGUGGAACAGAAGCGUUUCUGAAAUUGAGCACCAUGCAUGGUCAAACCAGUGUCCCUGUUCAAAGAAUCGAUGGUCUUGUUGUCCAGAAGCUUGACAGAAGCGAAACACCAAUACCCCCCAAAGGCUUAUUCCAGAGAAACAAUUCCAUCAAGAAAGGAGCAGAUUCCAACUCCUGAGAUCGCAAGCAAGUGGGAACAUCUAAGAGGCAUUCCGGGUCAGCUAGCGUCCCUGGACUGCAGCAUGGAGAUUGGAAUCUUGAUUGGUUGCAACUGUCCAAAAGCUUUGAAACCUUGUGAAGUUAUCCCUGGUCGAGAGGAUGAUCCUUACACAGUCAAGCCUCGUUUAGGUUGGGGAAUUAUCGGACCUGCAAACACGAGAUACUCGGCUGGUGCUAUCGUCGCUACAAAUUGCAACACAAUCUUGACUCGGGAGAUUGGAAUCACUAAACUCGGAGGGAAGUUCGUCUUGGAUACUCGAACAAAGGAAAUAAUAACUCCUAAAGAGGUAGCCAGGAUGUUCGAGCUGGACUUCUCUGAAUGAGAACGGGAAGAAGCAGCACCUUCCAAAGAAGAUCGAAAGUUUCUAGAGAUAGUCAAGGAUGGUAUUUGCCACCGAGAUGGACGGUAUGUGAUCCCCCUGCCCAUGAAGGACAACCCGUGCAACCUUCCAAACAAUCGCAUUAUGGCCAUGAAUCAAUUGAGACCACUAAAGAAGCGACUGGAGUCAAACAGUAAAUAUCGAGAAGAUUACGUAAAUUUUAUGGAUAAAGUCAUAAAAAGUGGUUACGCUGAAAGGUUACCAGAGAACGAAAGAAAUGGUACUGAUGCCAAACGUGUUUGGUAUAUUCCGCAUCAUGGCGUUUAUCAUCCCAAGAAACUGAAUAAAAUCCGGGUUGUGUUUGAUUGCUCAGCUCAGUUCCAAGGCGAAUCCCUAAAUAACCACCUGUUGCAAGGACCAGAUUUGACGAACAAUUUGACCGGUGUCCUCUGUAGAUUUCGUCAUGAACCUAUCGCUGUUAUGUGUGAUAUCGAGGCAAUAUUCUACUAAUUGAAGGUACCAGUGGAAUAUAGAGAUUUCCUUCGUUUUCUGUGGUGGGAAAAUUGUGAUACGUCGAAAGAUCCCCAAGAAUAUCGGAUGACGGUCCACUUGUUCGGCGCAGCGUCAUCGCCAUAUUAUAUAACAAUAGUUCUGAGGAAAACAGAUAGCUCUACUCUGAUAAGAAUUCAUAACAGCAAUUAUCUUCAAACAGUAAACGCCCAAGAAGAACAGAGAUGAAGCUAAGUGUAGCGGCUUUCAGCUCGAUUCAACAAUAACAGGAACCUUUCAGUCAAGUAGUGGUUAAGUAUGACGCAGUAACUAGUUCCGAUUUGGGACAGGUAAAGUUUUGCACAAAUCUUGUUUUCAGCAGUUGGUCAUGUGCAUUCGUCGAGAAAACUUAGUAAUUAUAUUUUGUAAAGUUUUGAACUAGUUUUCGUAGUCAUUCCAGCUGUUUGGACAUCUUGGUUUGUGCAUCAAUCGCCUUGACAAAGCGGGACUGUUAUGUAAGUUUAUCUUUUACAAUUGUUACUUAAGUUAGUUUAGUGGUUUCCAUUUUUAGGUUGUUUUUUAAGUACUAUUUGCAUGACAAUGUUGUUCUGUUUUCUACUUGUUUUGUAUGUGCAUGCGAUAUAUAUAAUGCAUGUUCGUAGCUUUUAUGUGGAUUAGUUUACAUAGAUUUAUCGUGUACUUUGUUCAGAACGUAUUAGUUAACGCGUUUUUCUAGGUUAUGUAUAAUUAGACUUAGGGAAUUAUCGUUGCUAUGGAAUGUUCGGAAUGUAAUGCUCAUACUUAGUAUUUUCAUAUAUUUGUAUUUCAGUUUACGACGACUUACGACUUAGAUGUCUUAGACAACUAUUCGUGUAACCAUUCGAGAUUUGAAUUUCUAUUUGAACAUUAUGGUGUAAGAAUAUUAAAGUUGCCCGUAAAAUAUAUCCUUGCAUUUUGUUUCUUCGAACCUUAUUACAACGUGUCAUGGCGUAAGCAAAUCGUCAUUGUUUCGAAUUAUCGAGCUUGCACAGCGAACGUUAUACUAAGUAUCUUUUAUCAUUAUUCUCAAUUUUCUAUCGUUAUUCCACUUAAACAAAAAACAAGUCCUCUAAAACGGUAAUACGCGAUUAUUCAAGAUUCUCUGAGAAACAAUUGUUACAUGAUCUCUCGGGAGUUGACUGGGAUGUUUUUGCCUUUGAUAAUGCAAAUAAUGUAGAUCAGUCGUUCUCUACUUUUUAUAAUAAAUUAAACAAUACAAUAGAUAAGCAUGCACCAUUGAAAACCAUGUCUACUCACAAAGCUAGGCAAUUAAUUAAACCAUGGAUAACAGAAGGAUUGCUUAAAUCCAUUAAAGUAAUUAAAAGGCAUUGUCUGAGAAAACCAGGCAGAGUCAAAAGAUCGAGGUCGGCCGAUUUCCUUCAUAUUUAUACCAUUUGCUAGGAACCUUGUAAGAUUACCAAUGGUGGAAUAUGGGGUUUCGCGGACCUUUCGUUGUCGAGUUGACCACCCCUCCUAACUUUUGGGUUUCUGAUAUCGUAAAAUCCCCUUAAUUUAAGGCCAAUUUUGCCGAAGCUAAAAAAUCGCUUUAGGGGGUCAGAAAAGUGUAGUGGUAUUUUUUUUAUCAAUAUUUGUUGCCUAAAUAAGACAGAAGCGUAGAAAACUUUCACUUUGGAACUUAAGUUUUUAUAUAUUAAUUUCCAUUGUAUAUCGGCCUUACUGCUGACUCCAGUGAUGGCCCGAAAUUUAGUCUGAUUUCAAUAGCGUUUUAUCAAAAGUGCGGCAGUUUAUUGAACCAUUUGCUCAAUUUUGUGAUUAUAAAUAAGUUUGUUAUAAAAAGAAAACAAAGUUAUCAUUGGCAAACUGAAUUCCUCGAAUGCAGCAGACACCCGAAUUUCACCGUAAUUAUCCUAAAUCGUCUCAAUUACGUCAGCCAUUUCCACCCAUAUUUCCCGUGCUUUCGUAAUCUAUCCCAUAAAUUUAUUUUUUUUACUAAAGUCUUAAAAAAUAAGUCCGAAGAGGGAACAUAUUUGUUCUUUUCGCUUGUCUUGCAGUGAUCUAAUUGCACAGACUUUUAACAUUCUCAAAAAUACACAAAAGUUAUAGUCUUAGCUAUAAUAGUCUUGGUACGUUUUCGAAACUAAGUCUUGCCCUUGGUAACAAUCCGCUUAGAGUUUUCUAAUUUGCAAUUUGCACACAAUAAUUAUUUAUAGUACUCAUAACUCAUUACAUGUAAAUAUUAAUUCUUGAGGCGAAUGUCCACGAAAACAAAUCGCGGCUUGUGGCAAACUGUUGACUUUAAAACUACAUUGGAGUUCCAACUUUAUUUGCAUAUAAUCAUAUACCUGGCACAAAAAUAAAGUAAAUGGUCGCUCAACUUGCUCCUGUUAACGAAACGACGGAUGUUUCUCCGUUGUGACACACUUGUUGCGGGGUUUUCCCCGGCGAGAGGUUAUCAAGAAUGACAAUAUUUUGCUGGCAUACGUAAAAAGUUUAGAAAGUAGUGUGUAAAACUAUUCCUUGCAGCAUGUUAGGAAUUGCGAAAACCAAACAACAAAAUCUCAUGGAGGAUUGAAAGGAUUUAGAGCUGCAGUAGUUGAAGUCGACUCAUCACAAAAUCUCUAUGAAGACAACAAAAUACCAGACAUAAGUCUACUCUAUAAUUUUCAGUACAAAACUAGUGGCAUUCGAGUAUGGAAAGCCUACGAGGUUGGAAAAGGCAAAUUACUAACCUACAAAGAUCAUCAACUUUAACCGCAGAAUGUUGCAGGUUUGAAAGUUGUUAAACCAUUUGGACCUUGUCAAAAAGAACAUUGCUCCAUUAGCAAAGCGUAAAAAACUGCACAGGCAGAAAUCUUUUCUGGAUACUGGCAAGCAUGUCCAAGAAUUAGAGUCUGUUUCUCAGUACAAUGAAAUUCGAAGAAAAUGUGCUGAAAGAGUAACUGGGAUUAGCAAAGUUGCCAAACCAACACCUAGUGUUUUCACGCAAGUUGAGGCUGCGGAAUCCAGAGUAUCUGAUGGAGUUCACAGCACAGGGUGGGCCAGUGAAAACAUCCAAAAAGAGGCCACGAUUUGGAGAAAAAGUUAAGGGAUAUUUGAUUGAGAAGUUUCAAGCCGGAGAAACCAGUGGUAAUAAAGCCGAUCCUCAAACAGCCUCCAGGGAGAUGAAGUUCAAGAAAGAUGGAUAUGGUAAGCUAUUCUUCCAGCCUGACGAAUGGAAAACGGCUCACAGAUCAAGAGCUUUUUCUCAAGGUACAGUGCAAUCCUGCGUCAACAACAAAUCGGUGCUGUAG